GCACGUCUUGAGGGCACUCCAAGACUGGCAGAGUUGAAUGCAAAGACGAAGAACAGGAGAAGCACUGAUCCUGCCUUUAGAUUAGACCUCAACAUCCCGAGUUUCAGAGCGACGCUGCCAUUCCGCGGAGCCUGCGCUAUUUAACUGUUUACACAGGAAGGAUGCGUGUUGAGACAUAUUAAUGCCCAAAGAACCUGUUUACAUGGAUUAUCACCCGCUGUCCGGCUGUUGUGUUAAAUUGACUCUAUAGAUGCAAGUUGCGAAGGAGCUGUUAUUUUAUAAUUUCGAAAUAAAACGCGUUUUAUCCUGCAGAUGAGAGCGACUAACAGCAUCGGAUUGUGUUCGGUUUAGUGCCUGUGGAGCUCUCACUUCUAAUCUGAUUCGGACUGCUGAACUGUUUCUCCAUCGCAAUGGAUGCGACUAUCUGGAGUUAUAUAUUUGGUCUUUUCGUGUUUGCUUGUCGGGUAAAACUGACUCGAUCAACAGUUUUAGAAUCAAUUUAUUGGAAUACUUCCAACACCAAGUUUGUCCCAGGAAGAGGUGUAGUAUUAUACCCUCAGAUCGGAGACAAAAUGGACAUUGUGUGUCCAAGAAUCAAGCCAGGCUCCACUGAGCAGACGAACAUUGAAUACUUCCGGGUCUAUCUUGUUCCCAAAGAACAACUCGAGACCUGCCAUGUUACUAAAAGCGACAUGUUACUGCUCAACUGUGACAAGCCAGACCAGGACGUCAAAUUCACCUUCAAGUUUCAAGAGUUCAGCCCCAACCUGUGGGGCCUGGAGUUCCUAAGAGGGAAGGACUAUCACAUCAUCUCCACCUCUAACAGCACUUUUGAAGGACUGGACAACCACCACGGUGGCGUUUGCAGGACCAAAUCCAUGAAGCUGGUUUUGCGAGUUGGCCAGAGUCCUACAGAUUCAUUCUCAGUGAAAAGCCAUCCCACUAGAUAUCCUCCAAAAUACCCUGAAAGUAAGGACCAAAACACCUUCAGCAAAGAAAAUGACGUGAGCCAGAUUGGUGACUCCAUGCAGAACGGAGAAGCCGGAGGGAAGAGUGGCGAGUCUGUGGGAUCUGCUGGGUCCGAAGUGGCUCUGUUUGCGGGCGUCGCAUCCGGCGCUGUGAUCUUCAUCCUCAUCAUCAUCGCUCUCGUAGCACUUCUGCACCGCCGUCAUCAAAAGCACUCGGCACAGUGCUCCGGACAGCUGCCCUUAAACACGCUGCCCAAACGCGGCAGUGGCGCCAGCGCCGGCAGCAACAACAACGGCUCCGAGCCCAGCGACAUCAUCUUUCCCAUCCGGACCUCGGGUAGCAUGUACUGCCCGCAUUACGAGAAGGUCAGCGGAGACUACGGACAUCCCGUCUACAUCGUCCAAGAAAUGCCACCGCAGAAUCCGGCAAAUAUUUACUACAAGGUUUGACGGAGCGUGGACAGCAAGCCACAGACACUGAAAAGCCAAUUGAGGCUGCUUCAGAUGAUGGACAUCAGUGUUUUGAUGCCGCUGGAGAUGCGUCUGGUCUGGUUCUCUGUUGGUCUUGAGAGCAGAUUCUGGAUUAGAUGUUGGUGCACAUGGGAGUUUGCUCAUGUGUUUAUUGACCUUAUUCUGCGAUGCGCAUCGUUUUUGCGAUUUAGUCGCUCAUGGGAGAAAUGACUGGGAAAAAUAAACGGCAUAAAACGGUCAAACUACUUGCUCUACAAAAAAGACUAUACAUAAAGUAAAAUAAGACGAUAAGAAAGUAUCAGUUUGCAACAUAAAGCAGCUUUCCCAGUACUGGGUUGCGGCUGGAAGGGCAUCAACAGCAUAAAACAUAUGCUGGAAUAGUUGGCGGUUCAUUCCGCGGUGGUGACCCCUGAUUAAUAAAUGGACUAAGCCGAAAAUAAAAUGAAUGAAUGAAUGAAAAUAUCACUUUGCAAAAUGAAGCAGGUUUCCCAGUACUGAUUUGCGGCUGGAAGGGCAUCCACUGCAUAAAACAUAUGCCGGAAUAGUUGGUGGUUCAUUCCGCGGUGGCGACCCCUGAUUAAUAAAUGAACUAAACCAAAAAUAAAUUGAAUGAAUGAAGUAUCAGUUUGCAAAAUGAAGCAGCUUUCCCAGUACCGGGUUGCGGCUGGAAGGGAAUCCACAGCUUAAAACAUAUGCCGGAAUAGUUGGCGGUUCAUUCUGCAGUGGCAAUCUCUAAUUAAUAAAGGGUCUAAGCCGAAAACAAAAUUAAUGAAUGGAUGAAAAUAUCAGUUUGCAAAAUGAGGCAGCUUUCUCAGUACUGGGUUUGCUGCUGGAAGGGCAUCCACGGCGUAAUACAUAUGCUGGAAUAGUUAGCGGUUCAUUCUGUGGUGGUGACCCCUGAUUAAUAAAUGGAAUAAACCGAAAAAAAGAAUGAAUGAAAAUGUCAGUUUGUAAAAUGAAGCAGCUUUCUCAGUACUGGGUUUGCUGCUGGAAGGGCAUCAACUGCAUAAUACAUAUGCUGGAAUAGUUAACGGUUCAUUCUGUGGUGGUGACCCCUGAUUAAUAAAUGGAAUAAACCGAAAAAAAGAAUGAAUGAAAAUAUCAGUUUGUAAAAUGAAGCAGCUUUCUCAGUACUGGGUUUGCGGCUGGAAGGGCAUCAACAGCAUAAAACAUAUGUUGGCAUAGUUGUCGAUUUAUUCCGCUGUGGUGAUCCCUGAUAAAUAAGGGACUUGAAGCAGCAUAACGAGCUGUUUUUAACAUGUAGAAAUCAACAGAAGUGAAUGAAAUUGGAAGUCUCAAGCCAAAAAGAUUCCAGUCUGCGCCUGCUCAUACAUGAAGAAUAAGGUCAAUGCAUUACAACUGGAGCCGAGAGUAACCUUGCAGUGAAGAACUGCAGUGUUUUAAUGAAUAAACAUCUCAAGUGACCGUUUUUUUAAUUUAUUGUUUGUGUUAUUGCGUUUCUCAACUCCCAGGUCUUAGUUGAUUAUCGAACAUUUAUGCACGAGGCCUUGAUUCCCGCGCCGUGUGACUUCAGGUUGAUCAUAUGGACAUCUGCAUCCCAAAAGCUGGCCUGACGGAUGCGUAUUGCAUAUCAGACAUUUGUAGCCCUUAUGCUGUUGACGUGCGAGCCGGUGUGGUCCAAAACGCAUGUGGUUCUUUUAUCCCCAUUUUGCUUAUAACUUCUCAAACAUUUAUUCAAACAGCAAACAAACAAAACUAAAGAUCAACAUGCAGCGCAAUCCGUCGUUGACUUGGAAAUGUAAAUACAAUAAGCAAGUGUUUCAAUUGUGCUUUAAGUUAUGGAUCUGGACAUUGCUCGUCUGUUACCCUUCAUCGUGGGGUUUUGUUGAAAUCUAGCAGGAGUUUUAUUCAGCAGACGUGAAGCGGCAUGUUGGAUAUAAUGGACGUUUUGGGGGGUUUUGGAAAUCUUGCAUUUGUUAAAGUUGUUUGUUGAUUCUAGCCAAUAGUGUGUUGAGCAAACUUCACAUUCCAGAUGGCUGACAAGGUUAAAUGAAUCGAUUCAACGAGACGCUUGUGCUGCUCUCUUAUUUUUUUAAUGUUUGAAUGAAUGAAUGAAAAGUUUUGUAUUGUUCCAAUAAAAUAAGUGGCCUCAUG